AUGGAUGAUGCAUAUUCACGUUAAGCCUCUACUCCACCUGAUCGUAAGAGCAAGUUAGAAUCAAUGCGAAAUGAAAACAUGAACUUUGUUGAGUAAUCUUAAUUAGAUAGUCUAGCUCAAACGAUGUGAUUGUAGAGUAUUACAAAAAUUAGUAGAAAAAUUUAUAUUGGUUAGAUAAGUGACUGGAUUAGAUAGAUAUUUUUUAGAGAUUGAGUAAUGGUUAGAAGAAGAUAAAACAUUACAUACAAAUACACCUUUAGUCUUAGAAGCAGAUGAUGGAAUUGGAAAGAAAACGCUUUUGGUUAAAUGGAUGGAAUAUCAUGCCAGAAACAAAAAAGGAGUAAGAUCAUUUUUAAUAAUAGCGAUAUCCUGAUUUUAUCAUUCCUCAUUUUGCAACUUAAUCAGGAAAAAAUAGCAAUUAUUAUUAUGCCAUAUAUAGAAUUUUAAUUAAAUUGAGAGAAGCUUUGAAUAUUAAAUAAAAAGUGGAACUUUUAGAAGAGAAGUUAAGACGUUAUUUUCAAUAUUGGUUAGAAAUAUGUAGUAGAUAAUUAGAACAAUAAAUAAUUAAUGGUGCAGAAAUUAUAUAUGAUAAAGUAUAUUAAUAUAAUUAUCUUAAAGGUUAUACUGGUAUUUGAGGGUAUAGAUAACUUUAGAGAGAUCUUAGAUAUGCAUAGAGAAGCUAAUGUCAAUUUUUGGUUACCUAAAUACUUUCCUACUAAUAUUAAAGUUAUUGUAACUGCUGAAAGACAAUCAUCAUCUAUGCGAUUACUUAAACCAGAUUGUUAAGUAAUUCCUAUUGUUUCUGAUAAAGCAUUUAUGAAAUAAAUGGUCAAUAAUCAUUUGGGAAAGAAUUUAUUUAUUUAAGUAAUAAAUUUCUUAUUUUUUAGAAAUUUGAACAUAUUUUAGAUAUAUUCAUUCAACUUAAUUAUAAAGUGAGAAAUUAACCAUUAUUUGUAAGAUCCUAUUUUUCUGUUUUUGUACCCUAUCCAACAGAAGGAGUUGUUGAAGAACAUGAAAUAGAUACAAUAUUAAUUGAAAAUAUUCUUAAUUCCUUAAAUCUUGAUCACUUUAAAUCAAUGAAAGUUGUAGAAGAUUUGAUUCAAUUCUAAUUAGAUUUUUUCUCCAAUGCUUAAUUAAUUGAUAAAGAUAAAUUUAGAAAUGUACUCCUAGUUUUAGCUUUAACUUAAAAAGGUUUAACUUAUCCAGAAAUAGAAUCUGUUUGUGAUAUAUCAUAAUAAGAUUGGAAAAGAUUUCUUGUAUUUUUUAAGGUUUACAUAAUGAAACAUAGAGAUCUAUGGUCAAUACAUAAUGAAAUAUUUAAAAAAGUGGUUAUCAAUCAAUAUUAUAAGAAUGUAUAAAGUAUUUUAGAAUUACAUGAUAAAAUUGCAACAGCUAUUGAUAAAAUCACUCCUAAUUCUAUUCGAAAAUUAGAAGAAUAAACAUUUUAAUUAUUCAGUGCAAGAAAUUACUUUGCUUUAAAAGAAGUUAUUAGUAUUAUUGAGAACUUUUUACUCUUGUUUAAUCCUUCUAAUAAAUAUGAUUUAUGUAGAUAUUGGCAAUCUUUAGAGGAAAAUGGAUUUGAUCCAGUUUUAGAAUAUAACAAAGCUGUUGAAGGUUUUCAAAUCCAUUAUCAUCCAAAUGCAGAAGAUAUGUUUAGAAUUAUUAUUCAAAUAUCAAGAUUUCUAAAAGAAUUUGGUGAUUUUGAAACUAAAAAUACACCAGUCUUUAGACAUCCUCCUAUUAUUGGUUUAUUAAGUGAUUUAUAUGAUAUUGGAUUAUUGUAUGAGAUAUUGAAAUUAGAUUUAUAUUAUGAUAAAGCUCCAGAAUUAAAAGAAUUUGAUCCAAAUAAACAUUUAAAACGUGUAGCUAAACCAUAAUUAGCUCCAGUAUUAUCUAAAUAAGAAUCUUUAAAUGUUGAAAUUGCCUAAAAUAGAGCAGAAAUUAGAUCUCACUAUUUAAAAUAAUUAUGCAAACCAAUUGAACCAACAGAUAAUGAAGAAGAAGUGCCUUAAUCUGUAGAUUAAUUGGCUGAAGAAAAUGAUUAAAAAUUAAAAAAAAUAUUGUAAACUAAAGAAGAAAACUUAUCAGAAGAUCUUUUAUCAAAUAAUGAAAGGGAAUCAACUGAUUAUUAUUAUAAGAGAUGGAUUUGGAUUUAAUUUCCUUGGGCUUGUAUGAGUAUUAGUAAAAAAUGUGAUUAUUCAACUGUUAUUAAGUAAUGUUUUUCAUCAGCUACUGAUUAUAUGAGUGUUGAAGAUGAAAAUGCAUUUACUGAAUCUGCACUUAAAAUAGCACUUGAAGCAAAAAGAAAAUAAAAAGAAAUGUAUGAAUAAAAACAUCAUGAAGAAAUUAAAUUAUAAAUAAUUCCUUAAAUUUCUGUUUUAUAAUAAAAAAAUAUAGAUGAUGUAAUGAAAAAAUAAAAAAGAGAAUAAUUAGAAAUUAGUUCAAUAUCUAGUGCAAGAUUUGAUAGAUCUACAAUUUCUGUAUUGCCUCCAUUAUCAACUAGAAAUUCAUAAGUAAAAUAGACUAAUUCUCCAGAACCAAAUUAUUCUCAUUUAAUGUUUAUAACAUCUGAUUUUACUGAUUCCAAUCAUUUAAAUGAUGAAUCAAAAUCAAUUAAGUUAACUUAGAGUAGUUUACCUAAUGAUGGUAAAUAAACCAUGUAAUUACUUGAUUAAAUUAAACCUAAAAAGGAAAGACUCAAAUAAUUUUCGACCUCUUCUGUUCAACAUAAUGCUUAUAAAGUUACAGAAAUAUUCCCAAUUAUUAAAGGUUCCAUUUAAAGUCAUUCUAAUUAAUAAUUGAAUUUAUUAAAUGGACAAUUAAGAAUGAUGAAAGGGAAAUUAGAUUAGAUUAGUUAUGAAAAUCUAUAGUUGGCUAAAACUUAUAAACUUUUAAAAAUCAUGGAUUUUAAUAAAGGAUACUUGGUUAGAGAAAUGAAUAGUUUGGAUGGAUUAAAAUAAACUUAAGAAAUCUUGAAAAAAUAAACAGAGAUUGCUGAAAAAGAUUUAAAGAGAAGUUAUAAAAUGAAAACAAGAGUUAAGAAAAUACUUAAAAUUUGUAAAGAUAAUAAAUAAUAAAAUGAAGAAUAUAUUAGAAAUUUAAAUUACUUAACUAGAAAUUUUAUAAAAUUAAUCAAAUUUGAAGAACAAGAAAUUAAAAAAAGUAAACUUAAUAUUAAAUUUGCUAAAAGAUAAUUUGAAGAAUUUUUAAGAGUUUAUAGAGAAAAAAGAAACCAUUAAAGAAAUUUAAUUCUUUAAAUCAAGGAUAGUUUAUAAUAGAAAAAACAUCUAGAUAAGUUAUUUUAAGAAGGAGAUAAUAAAAUAACAGAAAGGGCUAAUUAAUCCAUUAAAAAAUUAAGAAAGAAGUUAGCUAAAAAGGAAGAUGAUUCAAAGAAUUAAAAAAAUAAAGAAAUCUAAGAAAUAGAAGAGAAACAGCUCAGAGAAAAAUUAUAAUAAUAUGAAACUUCAUAUUAUAAGAUUAAAGGAGGAGUUUUUGAUAUUAAGAAAGAAAAUUAUAAUUUGACUAAUUAGUUCAUUGAUUUUAUGGCUUAAAAAGAUAGAAAAAGUGAAUAUGAAAUUAAAUUAUCUGAAAGAAGGCAGAAGUAUACAGAAGUCAAAGAAUAAGAAACUAAAUUAAAUGAACAAUUACAUUCUUAUUAAAAUGCUUAUUUAUCUCUUAAUAUUCCAUAAUAAUUAGAGACAAAAACUGAAGGUAUAAAUUAACCAUUAUUAUUAAUAGAUUUAAAUGCUAAUAAGAAAUAGUCAACUAAUUUAUAAUUACAAGAAUAAUACUUAAAGAAAUUAAUAUUAUUAUAAGCUAGAUUAGCUAGUUCAUUAGAAUAAAUUAAUGAAAAAUGUAAAGUUAAAAAAGACGAGUUUUCAGUAAUAUUGUUCUCAUUCUUUUUUAGUUAAUAGAAGAAUUAAAGCAUAAAAAGCAAUUGAUAAUACAAAAUGAAGGGCAAGAAUCAUAUAACAAAAUUCUUAACGAUAAUUAUGAUACUGAUUCCAUAUUAAAACAAAGUGCCCCUUUUUAUUUCCCUAAAAGAUAUACAACUGAUAGUAGUAGUAGAUAACCAAGCGAGGAAUGA